GCCAGUGCUUAUGUGGUUACUGAGAGGGCCGUGGGUGAUAAAGGCCACAACACUAAAGAACCCUGGGCUCAGAAGACCAGGAGGAAGCACCGGCAGCUCUGACCUGGGUAGCUUCCCGAGGAGAUGCAGCCACUUCUGCUCCUGCUGGCCUUUCUUCUGGCUCCCAAGGCGCAGGCAGUGAAAAUCAUCGGGGGACAUGAGGUCAAGCCUCACUCUCGUCCCUACAUGGCAUUUCUUCGGAUCAGGAUUUCAGACAGAAAAAGAUGUGGAGGUUUCCUUGUGCGUGAGGACUUUGUGCUGACAGCAGCUCACUGCUGGGGAAGAUCCAUCACAGUCAUCCUGGGCGCCCACAACAUCAGGAAGCAUGAAAGGACCCAGCAGGUCAUCCCGGUGAAAACAGCCAUCCGCCACCCAAAUUAUCAUCCCAAAGUCAAUGACAUCAUGUUGCUGCAGCUGCAGAGGAAGGCCACCCUGACUGCCGCCGUGAGCCUCCUCAGGCUGCCCAGGAGGGGAGAGCAGGUGACACCAGGGAUGGUGUGCAGAGUGGCCGGCUGGGGGCGACUCGACCUGAACACCAGCACAGCCACACUGCAUGAGGUAGAGCUGGAAAUCCAACAGGAUGAGCAGUGCAUCUCUUGCUACAGACACCGUUACAACAGAACCACAGAGAUCUGUGUGGGGGACCCAGAAAGGAAUCAGUCUACUUUUAAGGGUGACUCUGGGGGCCCCCUCGUGUGUGACAACAUGGCCCAGGGCAUUGUCGCCUUUGGGAAAAAAAAUGGGAAACCACCUCGUGUUGAAACUAAGAUCUCCAGCUUUCUGCCCUGGAUAAAAAGAACAAUGAGACGUUUCCAACUGCAGAGACCAGACUGAGGCACCCCGGAACUGAUCUAUUCAUCUCCUCUGGGGAGCAGCCCAGAACUGCCCUGUGCAGAGGGGUUGACGGGAGGCUGCCAGUCACCUAAUAAACUUGCAUCUCUAGAGUGGAAGUCACUGAUUCCUCCUGUGUUCACCAAAACAUGUGUUAGUUACCUGCUGUGUGUGCGGCAACCAUCUGUUCACAUUUCCCAUCUGUUAGCGCUUCCCCUUCAUGGACCGCACCUUUCACCUCUAGAAUAAAAUUCAUGCUGCCUUGAUACCCAGCUCCUUCCCAAUACUCCUCCCAGUGCCAGCUCCCUUGCCGGGCCUAAUGUAAGCUCCAUCAAGAAAAGGAAGACAUCUGUUCCCAAAAAGUGACCCUCUUCUAGGGGACCCUCUUAUCUCAUCCAUAUUGCCCUCCUACGUCAAGCCACACUUACACCCUACCCCACGCAGCCCCAAUGCCAAUAUGCAGCAUAAAAGAAAGUACAUCUAAUACGUGGGUAAAAACUCAAAGAGACAACUAAAGUGGGGAGACAAAGAAACACUCCCCAAAAUAAAGAAAUGGACCUAGAAAAGGACCUAGAUGAGAUGAAGGCAAGCAAGUUAUCAGCACAGUUGUGUUAUAAAUAUGCACAAGGAACUUGGUGAGAACUCUAAGAAACUUAAUUGGAACUUCCAGGAAUUUAUUUCAAACUACAAGAAACUUAAUGAAGCCUAACAUCAGCAGGAAAAAUGAUAUAGAUAUUAUGAAUAAGAACCAGGCAGAAAUGAAGAAUACUAUAUCUGACAUCAAGAAUAUGCUGCCCUAACUGGUUUG